UCUAGCGAAAUCUUUUUAGAAAAUAAAUUCAGCAUUUAACGUAGUAAUAAAUAACAAAAACUGCUUAAAUGAAUCAGGUUUAGAGCGACUGAAACCACCAGAACGAAAGCGCGACUGUCUGGCAACGCAUUGGCAUUGUAGAUACGAAAAGAAAACAAAUCGAAUUUUUUAAAUUACACUGUGCUGCCAGAGGAAUCUUCCACUAAACAAUAAACGUAAGGCAUGUCUGCGAAUGCAACUGCCUUGAACAUGCCAACGUCUGCAGCACCGGUGCCGGCGGCCGCUGCUCAAAGCCCCACUACACGCAAAGCGAUUGCAAACAACUUUCGCGAACUGACCAAAGACCCAAAAAAACUGGACGAAGCCGCCAAUCAGCUGUAUGAGUCGCUCCUGGAAGACGCUGUGACCGGCAUUUUCAUCGAGGUUCAUCAUUUGCGGAAAAUCGGCAAUCUGUCGGCCCUGGACGGAGUGGCCGAGGAGUCGGCGCACCGCAUUUGCGAUGUUCCAAAUUUGGAUAUAUUUGGUGUCUCCACGGCCAAGAAGGCCAUUGAUUGCACCUGCCCAAACUGUGAUCGACUGGUGGCGGCAGCACGUUUCGCCCCACAUCUCGAGAAGUGCAUGGGCAUGGGCCGCAUUUCGUCCCGCAUUGCAUCCCGCCGUCUGGCGACCAAGGAGGGCACCAGUGCCAGCUCGAAUUCCUCCUAUGUGCAUUCCGGAGCCAAUGCAGGCGGCACCGACGACGAGGACGAUGUCGACUGGUCAUCUGAUAAACGCAAAAAGAAAUCCACACAAAACUCGCGUAACAAUGGCUCCAAAAAGAACAAUGGCAAAACUUUUUAAACAGCUCCCGGCCAAGUGGUGCAAUAAUUGAGAAAUGUAUUAAAUUUCCAUGCAUUGUACAAACAAACAAUUAGUUUCCAUAUUUGUCUAUUGCGUAAACGCGAACAUGGUCAAUCACCAGCGUAGGCUGCGGCCAAUUCUCUUUUGUAAAGAUCUCUUUAAUCAGCUUGCCAGCUUGUGGAAAGGUAUUUGAAAAUUUGUCUUUUUUAUGUUCCUUCAUCAGAACCUCAUCGUCGAAGUUCAUAGCACCGCCAGCAGUAAGGCCCAGUACCAGAUAACACUGUUUGUUGAACGGAACGGAACAGAAAGGUAAAGGUUUGUCAAGAUUUACAAGAAGAUAAAAUAUCAAAAAUAAAGAUCCACCCUCUCAUCA